CAGGGUGGCGGGGAUUCGUGUUGCGUUUGUUUUGUUCGUUGGUGUUCGCGUAGAUCGUGCUGAUCUCGCGAAAAGCGCGGAUGAUCGCUUUGUCGACCACGAAAGUUGCUACCUCAACGAUCAACAGCAUCGUCAUUCUGCGGGAAGUGGCUGAAACAAUUGUUCGUUGACAGUGUUCGUUUUCUAUUGUGUCGAAGAAACUGCGUUGGGUUUUACGCCGCCACAAGUGCCCUUUCGUACCCUGCCGCCAGCGCGUCACGAAUACAGACACGUCCCGGAUUGCAUCUCAUUCCGUAUGCUGCGCGGAUGAUUAUCGGCUCCGGGAAGCACACCCUAAACUCGUUGCUGCACCUGCAUCAGUGCAACCGCGACAACGGAACGCAGUGAAUCGUGCCACUUUCAGAAACAGGCCGCACGGUAGGUUCCCACUUGUGGACGCAACGCCAAUAUGAUGCACAUGACUUUCUGGUGGGGUUCGAACGUGGGCGAUGUGUUCUUCACCGGGCUGACCGUCAACGGGACCGGCGCAAUGGUUGCCCUCUGUCUGACGCUCACCGCACUGUCCAUCGCCUACGAGGCAUUUAAGAUCCACGGCGCCAAAGUGCGCGCACGGACGGCCCGGGAACGUGUCCGUGCCGCAUCCUGUCCACCGAGCGAAAGUGCCACGCUCCUAUCGCUCGAAGGGGCUACCGGUAAUGGGCCCCGUAUGACCGGACCGUUAUCGAAAAAGAUUGGCACGCUGCUCGCGGAAGCGAUCGUCUUUCUGUUCCACUCGGCCCUCGGCUAUGCCCUGAUGCUAACGGUGAUGAUCUACAAUGGCUACCUUUUCGUGGCCGUCGUUGGAGGCAUGGGCCUCGGGUACUUCCUGUUCGGACACCUGUCGAUGAAGGUGAACAUGGAGAACUUCCAAGCGCACCAGAACAAGGUGAUCUGCACGGCGCGCUGUCUUCAGCAAGAACCUAUAAAUCCCUCCGCGUCCACUAGCCUUGGCGAUCGUGCUGGAUCAUCGGUUAGCGCUGCUCCGAGCUCGACUGAUGGGCCACCGAACAGUACCGCGACAGCCUGCCACUAGAGGUUUCUGUGAGUUCCUGCGAGCCAAUCGAUCAUAGGCAAUGGGGCGGCCUUGCAGGGGCGAGGACCCAAGCACAAAACAAAACCGCUACUCGAACUGUGAUUUUACUGCGUCACUCUACCGGGGGGUCCGGUGGUUUUCGCUCGGUGGUUAUUUUACAAGUGCUAGACCGGUUCGAUACGAAGAUUAGUUGUGCCAAGAACGCUCUGCUCGGAGAAUGUUGACAAUAUUUAAAAGCAAACCACAGACCACCAUUUGAUAGGUUUCCAUCUACUACCAUAUUCUUUUGUGAUAUUUUGUUUGUUUGUCCGAUUGUGCGACGUUUGCGAACGCGCUUUUAUUGAUGAACUGUUAUACAUCCUUUUUGAAUAAAUCAAGAUUAUAAGUAAAACCUA